GAACAGUACAUUGGGGAGAGAGAGAAACGCGACUGGGGUGUCGGUGGGAGGGAUUAUUCCUAGUACGUCCAUCGAUUUUCAAAGUCUACAUUUUCAGUUAGGUUAAGUAGUAGAUUCAGGUUCACUCUCAUCAUAGUCUAUCCAAGAGCGCACGGACGGGCACGGGAGCGCACCGCAUCCCAACCGUCGCUUGUACCACCACUCGCACCUGAUGAGAAACAUCUUAGUUCCCAUCCUGAAUACACAAACUGCCAGUUUAGUUGCGCAAACGCUGCGGAGGAGCUUCAUAAAUCGGAGUUGAGUUCGUUGGUUUUCUAUUAUUUAAACACCUGACUAAGUUUGACCAUUUGGAGAAAAAUUCGAACAUCAUUCCAAGACCAAUCCAGUUGGAUUUAAAGUUAUGGCAUUAUCAAUGCUGCGCAGCGGUUUGCUUUUGCUGUGUCUGACAACUAUCCAUACUUGCCAUGGUGGCGGACAGAACUGCAUGGAUAAACACCAGGUGGUUGGUGUUCUCCGUCAAAUGGAGAAGUUUCUGAAGGGACAGGAGAUGAGGUUCACAGAGGGACUACGCAUCAUGAAGUCCAAACUGGCAACCUUACAGAACUCUGUCUCCAAGCUGCCUCAGGCCGAUCAGUCAGCUGCUCCCUCUGUAUGCCCCUCCCUGGAAGCCCCUGUCCACGGGCAGAAGUUUGGCUCCAAGUACUUCAUCGGUCAUGAGGUCCAUUUCACCUGUUCCCAUGGUUACCAUCUGGUGGGCCCCGGGACACGUGUGUGUCUGGAGAACGGGAGUUGGAAUGGUGUCAACACCAUCUGUAAAGAUGUCAGUGAGUGCUCCAGUAACCCAUGCCAGAACGGAGGGACCUGUGUGGAGGGAGUCAACCAAUACAAGUGCACCUGUCCACAGAGCUGGAGUGGAUCCAACUGUCAGCACCAGACACAGACAGCGCCGCCCGAGUGGAGCGUCAUGAACGACCCGGCAUUCAGCAGACGACCCCGUUGUGCCAAGGUGGACAGAGCCCAACACUGUAGCUGCGACGCUGGCUUUCACAUGAGUGGUACUUCGGACAACAGCAUCUGCCAGGAUGUGAACGAGUGUGAGGUGUACCGGCUGGACCAGGGGGGCAAGCUGUGUGUGUAUGAGUGUGUCAAUGUCCCUGGCUCCUACCAGUGCUCCUGCCCCAGAGGCUACAAGCUGCUGCCUGAUGGAAGGAGCUGUGAGGAUGUGGAUGAAUGUCUGACCCAGCAGCACAACUGCAGUAGAGGAACAACAUGUAUCAACACUGGAGGAGGGUUCCAGUGUGUGAGCCCUGAGUGUCCCCGAUCACACGGCAACAUCAGCUACGUCAAGACGUCUCCCUUUCAGUGUGAGAGGAACCCCUGUCCCAUGGAGAGUCGUUCCUGUCACCUGGCUCCUAAGACGGUCUCCUUCCACUACCUCUCCCUCCCCUCUAACCUCCAGACCCCGGCUACCCUGUUCCGCAUGGCGACUGCCGCCGCCCCCGGCCGCCCUGGCCCAGACAGCCUGCGAUUCGGCAUCGUUGGGGGCAACAGCCGCGGGAUGUUCGUGAUGCAAAGGUCGGACCGCCAGACGGGUGAACUGAUCCUGGUUCAGGGGUUACGAGGACCGCAUGAUAUCAGUGUUGAUGUGGAUAUGUCCGAGUAUAGUGACCGCACCUUCCAGGCUAAGCAUGUGGCGAAGGUGCAUGUUCUUGUGUCGGCGUAUAACUUCUGAGGAGGAUGGACAGACAUGAGGAACAAGUGAGAGGGACAGAAGGAGGGAGAAGGAGAAGGAUAAAAAAAAAUAGCAAUGGAGGGAGGGAGAAACGAGUGAGAAGGACAGAGGGAGAAGGAGAAGUUAAAAGAAAAUGAGAGAGAGGGACACAGACACAGAAUUGUUUGGACUGACGUUGACUAUAAAGUAUAUUAGUGAAGAUGUAACUGAAAUGAAUGAAUGGUUGAUUGAGGGAGUUAAUGAAUGAGUGUGAGUGACUAAACAUUUGUAAAACAAACUGACAAAGUGGUAAUGGAAUAGUAAUAUUAUUUUUCUUUCAUUCGCUCAGUAGUUGGGCCCUGGGGUUGCCAUAGUGACCGGAGGCGGCGCUCGUGUAUGUGCAAUGCCAUUGGCUAGAUCUGUCUAAAGGCCCACUCCUUAAUUUACUCCACUUAGUUUUCGUUAAAGCUGAUGAUCAAAAACGGCUGUAAAUAUCACAGAGUAGGCCUUUAAGAGUCAUGAACCCCUGUCUACUUCCAAAGUGUCACCCUAUUUCCUAUUAAGUGCACUACUUUUUAGUGCACUACGUACGGAAUGGGGUGCUAUUUGGGAUGCACACCCUGUAUAACAUGGCUCUGAUUUAUCUGAAUAUUUUGUUGCUGUUGUUUAUUGUUACAUACUCAGUGAUUCAAUGCAGUGUGCUUUUACAAUUUCUAUCAUUUACACCUGUUUUUUUACUGGCUUGCUUCGUGAGGACCUAAACUCUUAGAACAACUAAGAGCGGUUUUUAUUUAGUUGAGUUUUUUAUAUUGUACUUGGACAUAUUUCUACUAUGCUCAUAUUCGGUAUGUUAUUAAGAUAUGAUGUAAUUAUUACAUGGUAACUACAGUGAUUUGGCAGCCUUGCCAAUGCAGUGUACAAUAUAUCAGGCAUCUAAUGUUUUAAUAAGUCAUUACUAUUGCACAUAACUAUUUCUCCAUACAUGAAAUAAAGACGGUCCUACAAUACUAGUUUAGUCCCUAUCCCAAAAUACAGUAUACAGUGAGGAAGGUCAAGUGAUCAGCAAUAUGAUCAGCAAUGUUCAGGUCUAAAAUAGAAU